UUAAUCCCGCUGCAAACCCAGCGCCUGGCUGAGGCGAUGGCCCGCUUUUAAAUUCCAGAGAACUCGACGUGUUCUUCCGAGUUUGUGCUGUAUCCUCCUAGCGGAUACCCUCUCGUUUCUCGCUCCAGGCCUGCCUUUGCUCGCCUUCCGUCCCUGCGAUCUUGCGCUCGCCCGUGGCCGGCCCGCCUUUUCUGUCGCGCUCGCCCGCGGGUUCCAGGUGGCUUCCCGGUGGCUUCCCGUGCCCACCCCGCGCGCCGCACAGCCCCCCUCCCGCUUUCCUAGUAUGCGGCUCACCGCCGGGAGAUGGGCAGCCGAGGUCCGCGCCUUCUCUGAAAGCAGCCCCGCCCUUAGGCUCAGCGCGCCUUGCCCCACCCCCGAGCGGGCCUUGAGGAGACGGGGGAGCACGAUGGGGAGGCGGGGUGCGGAGAGCAGCGGCCCCCGCCUGCGCGCGCCCGUGCGGCCGGAGCUACGGCACCCGCGGGCCCGGCGUGCGGGGCGCGCGGCCCCCGAGGUCCAGGCCUCGCCCGGCGGAAGCGCCCUGCCGCGUCCCCUGCUGCUUUCUCCCUGGGAGCAGUGGGUUCUUUUCCCAUUUAGGUUACUACUGAGUAUUGAGCAGGGUUCCCUGAAAAUUUUUAUGUCUUUUAACAAAGGAAAAGCGAACCAGCUUCUCAGCAAAUCUCCAAACAUUUCUGAUUGCAGUUGGAUUUCGUGCAACAUGCCACCUUGAUCCAUCAGGCAGGGCGCAGCUUUUUAAUUUGCUCACUCGUGUUUGGUGAAAAAUACUGGUAAGGCAGGUGGAUAUCAAAUAGUACAGGCAGUGGCCGCCCUGUAGGGGAGUGUGCAGUCUGGCUGACUUCAUGGGCGGCUGACAGCCUUCCUCGCUGGCUGGUGAGUUGGGCUACUUUUAUUCUAUGACCCCGAAGGCGCAGUUUUCAUCAGCUCCCCUUUAUCAUGUUAAUGUAAGGCUGUUUCUCUCACAGGUUACUUUGUACCUUAGGGAACCGGGAUUACAGAGCUGAGAGAAGCUUGAGAAUCUGUCAGGAGGCUUUAAAAAUACAAACACCUGCCCUCAUCGUACUGACUCGGAAUCUGUGCUAUUUUUUGCAGCUCUCCUUUUUAAAGAGCUCUGCUGGUGAUUCUCAUGCAGACACUAGGUCCAAUGCACGUUAUCUCAGAGAUCAGAGAAUUUUUUUCAUUUUAUUUUUCAUAAAAACCUCCAGAGAAAGAUAGUCUGCAGCCCGCAUCCCAGCAUUCAACUCUCCGUCCUGUCAAGAGAUAACUUCCUUGUGUAUCAGUUACACCCUCAACCUCUAUUUAAGCUUGUUUGUCCCUGUUUCUCCGUAGUGCAGACAUGACACCUAAUACUACCUAACAUUUCAUGGGUAUAGUGCUUAGAGUUUAGUUUACAAAGGAUUUUCUCAUUUGAGAUUAAAAAACGACCGAGUUCAUCCCUCCAACAUCACUUUUUAAAAUAAACUGCUCACCCCUUCAGGUUCCCUUUUCCAGGGUAAAUUAUUUCAGCCUCUCCUGCACACACCCUUCCGGGAUAAAUUAUUACAACCCUCUCCUGCACACACCCACCCUUCUUGCCCAUAGCUGUCAGCACAGUGUCUGAAACAUAAAUCCUCAGGAGACAUUGUACCUUCAUGUUUUGCCUUAAAAAAAUGUUUCCUGAGUGUUUCUCAACAUCUGGAGUCCAGAGUGAGAGGUGGGCUGGUCAGUGUUGAAUAUGUGAGAAUUGGGGUUGAUGGAAAGACUCUUCUAGGCUUUCAGAUCUGGUAUUCAGAUACAUAAACUCUGGUGGAGGUGCCAUUCUGAACUGGACAUUUUGUCAUAUUUUUAAAAUCAGGUUCGAAAACUUGCAUGCCAUCAUUUUUAACAAAAUGUGAAUGAAGUCAUACAUUCUUGUAAAAGCCCUUCCAUUUCCUAGGAGGUGCUGUCCCGCUGGUGACAGUUCCAUGAGAACACUGCCCACUCCUCAUGAGUGUCCUUAUGGGGGGGGGUCGUGGAACUUUGUGCCUUUUGUCAUAUUUUAACCAAGGGACAUGUAAAAUUAUGUACUUGAGCUUUUAAAAUUUCCUCACAUUGGUUAUCCUAAAACAAAUAUUGUUUUAGAACUUAUCUCACUGGAGUUUGGAUACAGAAGUACCAGUUCCCGAAAAUAAAAACCUCCCACCUGGAGGGGAUGGUGCCGCAGGUGGUAAGAAAUCCUCGAUGUGUCUAUUUUUAUACUAAUAUUUAUAAAUAUGUGAAAAUUUAUAUUCCUAUUUAUAAUAUGAAUGACCACUCAUAUUAAAGGGGGCUUGUUUUGAAUAUCACCAGUUUUAUGUAACUAUUAAUUGUCAUUUUCUUCAUAUGCAUUCUUUCAGGCAAAAUUAACAAGGUAAGGAUAAACGUUUGGUUUUAGAUAAUUCACAGAACAUUUUAACAUUGUAUGUAUGUUCCUUAAUGGAGAUUUCUUUCCUCAAAGUUAAACUUUAAAAUUUUAUUUCUAUAGAGCUCUUCAAACAGGUCAAAGCCUUUAUGUACUCUCUUACAAGGCUGCAAAUUGGCCAUAAAUAUUUUACUAUAUUACUUUUUUUCAACAUAACAAUAUUAUAAAUGGAAAUUAACACUGCAGUGAAGAUAAUGUUUUCUGGUCACUGCCAAAAGGGAAGUGGUGUCAACUCUUAAGAUAUCUUGAAGCAGUUGAAAUGGUUAUAUUUUGUUUUCAAGUAGUGAAAAAAUUUAAUCUUUCAUUUACUUUUUUUGAUCAAAAUAUAAGUUAACUAUUAAUAAAAUAAAGACAAUCUUAAUGAUAUCCAAGGCUCAUUAGUUAACACUGUUUAGUGAUAUUUGUAAACAGAUUAUACUAAUUCCGACUGAGGUCAGUAAAAACCGAUACCUGUAUAUAUCUGAUGGAGUAUUACAGGACUUUACUAUGUAUUGCUUGGUUAGAACAAGAAUUAUACAUUCUUAGAACGAGAGUUGGGAACAGAGAUGCGGUGUGUUUAAAAGUCUUCUGCUGCUUUAUAGAACCAUUUGGAAAUCCCAGUAGAGCAACUCAUGCUGGAACUGGCUUUGUCAGAACCUGCUCCCAAAAGAACACAGAUGGGAAUAGUAAACAAGGGGCGUUCCAGUUAUGGAGAUAUCCUCUCAACGAGGGCAGUGCCACAGAGAACAGGGAUUUCAAAAAAUCUUCAAUGGAAAUUGGCUGUAAUGUGACCACUAAUCCCGUAAGACUCUUCGGUGUGAACCACUCACCAGCAAGUGCUUCAGUGGACAAGCCAGUUGCCUCCUGCCCUGCCCUGCAGACGUCGUUAAGUCUCUGCUGGCCGUGUGCAGAUGGAGACUUUUUUAAGGACAGAAAUGAGCCUCACAUUAAUUUAUGCUCAACUCUAGAAAACAACAGUGGUGCAAUUUUAGAUGCUCCAAAUUGCAAUCUGAAGUAUGGAAACAGCAGUGUGGAAGAAAAUGCAACAGAUGAAAGUGAUUUAUCAGAAAAUGAAAAAGCAAAUGAUACUUUACUCAGCUAUUUUAAAAAGAUGGACCUGAACUUAAAGCCAGAAACAAUAGAAAAUGUUGAAGACUUUUUCACGGAAGAACUGAGUGAAGUGUUUCCAUACCCUGAUUUUCUGCCCCCUCCUUUCAAUACCCUGGACUUGCACAGAUUAGCCCUCUCAAAAUCUGAAAGUUGGAAAAUGACGAUGGAGCCUCCAGACAGCUCUCUGGAGCAUUUGAUAACUCGUUUACUGGACAUGGAAAGAUUGCAGCACGUGACUAUUCAAAGAGAAAGGCCGAGACUGCAGACGUCCUUCUGUGCUCCCUUAGUCACCGAACGACCCUCUUCCUCCAAAGCUAUACCCAAAAUGAGACAGCCCAAACCUUCUGACUCUGUGGGUCUUCAGACAACUUGUGUAGAGAAAAGUCAUGAGAAAAGGAAAAACAGUUCUGGUUCUUACAAGCCUCAGUACAGUGCUCCCAGGUGGAGCUGGAGCCGUGCUGGCAAGUGCAGGUGGGAUUCUAGGGCAGCUCCGAGAACCUCACCCGCUCCAAAGCAGGUGGCUGCAGCCUGUGACGACAUUCAGAAUCCCAGAGUCUCCACUGUAAACCCAUGCCAAGCAUUCCCAGCCAAGCCUGCUCCUGCCCAGAUGACCCAAUUGCUGGUUAAAAUGGUCUCAACCAGAUGUCUGCCACCAAAGUCUCCUACACCAGUUUCACCUGUUCCUCUGCCUUUCCCCGAAAACCAGAGGGAAGAAAUUAAGGCACCACCAAGGACCAAAAAGAAACUUUACCGAAAAGACAUGGUCCUGAACAGACCAUUCUGUAUUCAGAAGCUAACCUGUUUAUCGCCUUUGUUGAUAGCUAAGGAUAAGUGCUCACCCACUGACCAAAAAUAACUCUUUUCUUUCCUGCAUUUCAACGUUAGCGAAUCUAUUCCAAGAAGCCCGGCUAAAACAUGAUUCCUUGUUCCGAGAUACAGGUAUUACACACACACACACACACACACACACACACACACACACACACACACACACACACACACACACAGAUUCCUGGGUGUACUGUGGAAUGGAACUUGUGAGAGUCCCAGCUGAGAUAUCUGCACAUAAACCAAGGGCUUCCCUGGUGACAUAUUUGAGUCUCUUACAUGUUAUGUCUCAAAGGAAUGUUUCACUUAGAAAACUAUUCAAGAUGGUUCUUUUGUUGUGAUUCUUUUCCAGUGUAAUUCCACCAUCAAUAAAUGGUA